CUUCAUACAUGUUAAGUGUGCCGAUGCUGUGACAAUGGGUUUGAUCCAGAAAUGCAUCAUCUAGAUCGGGGAUCCUGCAGACCUGAAGGAGUAAAGAAAAAACAGCUGGAUAAAGAUCAAAGGGGGAGGGGGGCUGCUGCUCGGAAACGGGUGUAGAGAUGGGGGUGUUCAGUCGGCAGAAGUUUUUCCAGGAGCUUCCUCAUGGCUGCCUGCUGCCUACAGCUCAGCAGGGCCUGGAGCAGGUAUGGCAGCUGCUGGUUAUCUGCCUGAUGUGUCGGCUGCUCUGGAUGUUAGGUCUCCCUUCCUUUGUGAAGCACCUGUGCACGGUAGCGGGCGGUUUCUACACCCUCUACCUGUUCUUUGAGCUCCACAUGAUCUGGGUUGUCCUCCUUAGCCUUCUCUGCUACCUCUUCCUCUUCCUGUGCCGUCAUUCCACCAUCCGAGGAACCUUUCUGUCCAUAACGGUGCUCAUCUAUCUGCUCCUUGGGGAGCUGCACAUGAUGGAUACCACCAAUUGGCACAAAAUGAGAGGUUCCCAGAUGGUUGUUGCAAUGAAAGCCAUUUCCUUGGCCUUUGACCUGGACAGAGGUGUUGUGGCCAGUGUCCCCUCACCCAUUGAGUUUAUGGGCUACAUUUACUUUGUGGGUACCAUCAUAUUUGGGCCCUGGAUCAGCUUCAACAGCUACAAAGAGGCUCUAGAAGGACGUAAGUUGAGCCUAGCCUGGCUUCUAAAAGCGUCCAUUAGCUGGCUGAAGAGCCAGAUCUGCCUGGUUGUCUCCAACUGUGUGGCUCCCUACCUCUUCCCUUACUUCAUCCCUGUCUACGGAGACAAGCUUCUUCGAAGCAAAAAGAGGAGGAAGAUCCGAGGCUCACUUGCAAAGUGGCUGCUGGCAUAUGAGAACACAAUGUCUUUCCACUUCAGCAAUUACUUUGUAGGCUACCUGGGUGAGACUACAGCUACUCUUGCAGGGGCGGGCUUUACAGAGGAGAAGGACAACCUGAAAUGGGAUCUGAGCGUGUCCAAGCCGCUGAACAUUGAAUUUCCCCGGUCCAUGUUGGAGGUGGUGACGUCGUGGAAUGUGCCCAUGUCUCACUUCCUGCAUACAUAUGUAUUCAAGAGUGCACUCAAAUUCGGGACAUUCACUGCCAUCAUGGUGACAUGCAUAGCCAGCGCCCUCCUGCAUGGUCUAAGUUUCCAUCUGGGUGCAGUUUUGAUAUCUCUGGGGUUUAUUACAUACGUCGAGCACGUUUUGCGGAAGAGGCUCGCUGCCGUAUUUAAUGCCUGCCUGCUUUCAAGGAAAUGCCAGCCAAACUGCAAUCAUCAAAACAAAAAGAAGCUGUGGGUGUUUCUGAUUAAUUUAGCGUUUUCUGGCCUGGCACUUCUGCACUUGAUAUAUUUGGGCUCUGUGUUCAACUCCAGUGUGGACUACAUGGAGGAGGAUGAGGAUGAAAUCACCAACCACACCAUUCAGAAGUGGUCUGAGCUGAGCUGGACGAGCCACUGGGCCACAUUCAGCUGCUGGAUAUUAUACCGCCUCAUUCUCUAACAAUGGGAAGCAAUGAAGGGUGAAAGAAGCAAUAAUGAGAAGCAGAUUUCCCAUUAAUCUACUGUGAAUUUAUCCUAGUUAUGACUGAGGGAAGCAAAAUCAAUCUCAACUUGCAGUUUUCAGGUUGUACUACAUGUGAGUCGGGUAGUGCUCUUCUAACAUUUUGAUAUCUAAAGGAAGCCCACAGCGCCUUUUUUUUUUUCAUUUUUCCUUUUUAUCUGACCCCCAAUCACCAUGGUGUCAUGUUGUCACUGUGACCCACAAUCAAUAACCAUCAGCGCAGGGGAGAUCGACUUGCAGACAUGUGAUGGUUCACGUCACGCAGAUGUCCUCCAAAGCCAAUCACAUCGGCUGUAUGUAUCUAUCCUGGCAACGGAUUUCAAAUUUGUCAUUUUACAAGUUUUGAGUGUUUUUGUGGGAUUAAACUGUUAUAGAACAACAGAAAGUAGUACAGGACAUGGUUGUUAUUUGUUUACAAAUUCAAAUUUGAAAAUUUGUGGCAUAAUUUUGACUUUUGCUGUUGGCUGCAAUUUCAGCUGCAAAUGCUUUCAAUUUUUUUUUUCUUUCAUAUUUUUACGGUAAAAUAUACUUUAAAAAACAUUA